CUCUGCGUUUGGGUACCAUAUUGCUGUUCAAGGUGUCGAGAGCUACUCAGUCGUAUCAUACAGCACAAGUUCUAAGGUCGUGUACAUGUGUGCAUCCUCGCAGCGGCGUUUCCUCUUUCCGUGACGUCAUCGUUAAUAAGUGUGGGUGUUGCUAUCGCAGCUAACGCGCGUUAGCGUGGGCACGUGAUAUGGAAAGUGACAAAACGGGGAAGGUAAACGAGUGCGUAUACACACCUAUUGUGCUAAACGACGGCAAAACGGAUGAGGAUGCGUCCGCCGUCGGAGGCACUGUUGCAUCAAUCUCGCAGUCACAAUCAGAAAACAAACCAAGGAAGUCACCACUAAAUGCUCUGGCGACGUUUGCAUCGAACACAGGAGCCGAGAUGAUUACCCAAACAACGAGAGAGACGCACGUUCAGACACCAGCAAACACGACGAUUGACACGCCGAGUAACACAACAGCAGCGUUGAGUAAUGCGACCAUAAUAACAACGAAUGGAUUGACAACGGCCUACCAACCAACCAUCGCCAUCUUUGAUGAUCAGAGUUGUGCGUUGGUCACGCAGAGUUUGAAUGGGGCGAAGAUCAUUGACGGCACACUCAAAAUGCCUAUUCAACGUCUCUCGUCUCAGAAUCCUCAUGGAAGAAGAGCGUCGUCGACGACGAGAAAGUCGACUCCGGCGUAUGGACAAGGAAGUAUAGGGAAUGCUCUGACUGUGCCCAGCUCGUCGUCUGAUGUACAGAGGCAAGUGGAUGUGACACAAAGUGUGGUCCAGUUGGUCGGUUCGCACUCCAAUAUACUGAUUCAGACUCCAGGAAAUGUCACCGGAAGUAUGACCGGAAAUGUUACCGGAAGUAUGACCGGAAACAUGGCUGGAUGUGUUACCGGAAAUGUUACCCACAAAAAUGUUACCGGAAAUGUUACCGGAAGUGGUGUCCUACAGGUGCAGUCACAUCCUGUACAACUGGCUUCUCCACCCGUGGUGUCGCUGGCGACUGCCAAUGCAACUCGCCUUUCUUUAGGCAAUCAUCGUAUGGCAUCAUCAGCUGAGCUGUCAAAGAGACCACAGACUGCUUUGCCUGAACCGGAAGUCACCAGUUCCAGGUUGUCCGUCUUGUCAUCUCCUUUUUCUAAUACAAGAUCAUUGCCCGUCUCAAUGUCCUCCCCACCUGCCGAUGUCAUCAAAUCAACUGACAAGAUAACCUCAAGUAUUGCAAGUGUAUCAAGCAGCCAGUCAACGAAACAGCAAGCGAUUCCAUUAGACGAAGUACACGGUGUCUCUUUCAUUCCUUCGUAUCAUCCAGACGUCACCAGAAUUGUAGGAACUUCCGUCACUCAACAGCGACAGCCAGUCGGACAGCCAUCCGUGCCUGUCAGUCACCCAAUGAGUUCACGAAACCACAUCGUCUCAACCAGAACACAACAACGGGUCGUCCCUCAUGCGAAUAGCAACAAUCAAGUCGCCGUUGACCCGAGAAAAUCCCUUCAGUCUGUUGUUGCAACUCACAAGCCUGCAGAUUCGGUUACCAUCGUGAGUGGCGUACCAACCUCGUCUCAAGCCAAGAGGAAGGAACAAGGACAGAAACUAGGACAACAUCUCAAAGCUGUAAUGAUCAGUCAGGCAUCAGCGGCCGCUGCCGGUCGACCGAGUGUCACCACAACUGCCACAGUUGCUAAUGCUUGGACAACAUUACCUGUUAAGUCAUUAGAUUUGACCGUGGAGCAGCGACCGGUGGUACAAAAAGUGAGAAGUAAGAAGCAAUCAUUCUCGUCUCCCGCCACAUCCACAUCCACGUCCAAUGUGCUGGUUACCGCCACGCACCAACAGGCAAUGCCUUUGAAUCAGAGACCUCAAGUGUCUGUGAUAUCAUCAGUUGUUGGGGGACCAAGUGUUUCCUGCGUUCCGAUCUCGUCCGUGACCAAUAGUGGAACUGGUGUCUCAAUGACGGGAGUCCCAAUGACGGGUGUGUAUCGAGGAAUGGUGGGCACGAAAAGUCAGAGACAAACGCCACCUGUAACCAUGGUGACGACGGCUGCUGUUAAGAAAAACACAGUCAUUGAGUUGUGCAGCAGUCAAACUCGGACUUGCGUGGCCGCUUCGAAUUCGAGCAAAUUGCCAAGUGCCACCACCAUCGUAGUCACACAGAAAAGCUCGGAUAGCUCGCUAGGAAAAACCACGGGAAACAUAUAUUCAACUGUCACUCAAUCAUCGGGUCACGUGCCAUCAUCAAUGCAUGUGGCGUCAUCAGGGCAUGUGACGUCAUCAGGUCAUGCGACAUCACCAGGUCAUGCGACGUCACCAGCUCACACGACGUCAUCAGGUCGUGUGACUUCAUCAGGCCAUGUGACAUCAAUGGGUCAUGUGACGCCCACUCAACGAGCAGUCAGUGAAAGUGUUUCGUCUCAUCAGCCGGUACAUCAACAACGGGUUGUUUCGGUCGUAUCGAAGCACACCGUUUCGAAACGAGUGAACGGCACCGAAGGGAAGUCUCCGGUUGUCGUCACGGGAAGUUUCCACGACAGCCUGAAACCGGCGAUAUUAAAGAAACCCGACGGAGCGGCGAGAAAUCCGGGCACUCAUCCGGGGUGUCGAGAAAUAGUGAAGACGGUGGCGUACACAAAGCUGUACGAAGACACAAAGUCUAUAAGAUCACAGAUAACCCUGCAGGGACAUGUGAUUCACAGCAAAUCCGACAGGAUCGUUGCGUCUCCCGUCUCUCAUCCGUCCAACCUUGUUAUACAAAGAAUAACACCCGGAAGUAAUGCAGCAGCCGCAAUUUCUCCUCCAGUGGUAAAGUCACAGCCAUCAGGCAGCAUUCCUACCAGACUGACUGCCAGCUUUGUGCCGUCGUCUGUCCCUGUUGAGAUACCAAUGUCCGCAAUAGUGAGAGUUGGAACUGGCGGCACGCCCUCGAUCUUAAAGACUACAUACCUUCCCACGUCUGUCGCACACUUGUCUGAUACGACUCGGCAACGUGUUCAGAGCCACAUCAAGUCUAAGUCGUCGGACACAAACCAGCACGCUUCGUCACCAUCGGUAGCAUUCUCGUAUACGAUUCUAGACAAUGGAAAGCCACAAAGCAGCUCGACAGGUAAAGAUAUGUCAAUAAAAGGGCCUCCACCGUUGAUCAAGACGACUCAACAAUCUCCGGGAACGAAUCUCGUCGAGAAGAUGCAACCGUAUCAAUUGAGUCCGCUUCACGAGUCUUUACAACUUGAACCCGAUGGUCUACACGUUCAUCAUUCGAGAAAACGAGGUGUUGAUAUCAAUGACAAUACAUCCAAUUGGAAAGUCACGAUUCGAGACGCGAGUGGGAGAGAACAGAGAGCAAGCGAUGAACCACACGGCGUGCCUUUCCACGUGUCGCUCAGACCUACAGAGCAUGAAACUGGUAAAGGGAAUGUCUCUGAAUCGAAAGGUGUGGCUCAUGGCAAGCAAGUUAGUCGAAAACCGGAGUAUACAGCGACGCAUCCGGUUAACACGGUAGGAGCCGUGGCGACCCACAGAGUGUUUGCGAUGUCAUCCACUGCACCGGCCUCGUCUCAUGCAUCGUCCCAGAUUCCAAUCAUUGACCUUACGGACAGUCCGAGUACCAUGAGUGCUUUGUCACAUAAAAGUCAACAAACAGCAAAGCCUCAUAACAUCGAACCUCCCGAACGAGUCGUUACCAAACCCGGUGGUCACGCUGUCAGUACCACCAAAUUGAGUGGCCCUCCUGUCACCAGCUUGGGGAUCUCUCGGUCGCCCGUGUAUCCACACAAUGCGUCGCAUAUGCAGCAACAUGUAGGGAUGUCGAGCCACAUGAGACACUUGCCUACGCAGAUGACAUACCAGCCGGUCAUGUCUCCACCUCACAUGCCCGUCCAUCAGCAACACAUCACGAUGGCCAGCCCUGAGACGUACCAGUUUGAGUAUCCCCAGGGCGUCUACAUGCCACCAAUGGUCGCUCAUCCUCACAUCAUGUACUCACAACAGGGACAGAGAGCGAUGCCACAUCUCAUCAUGCCGACAUACCAACACGUCCCUCUUCACUCCACAUUGCUCUCUUCGCCUCUCUAUCCAUCCGUUCAGGGAUCCGCAAACACGACGACGUCGUGGAGCCUCCCGAGUGUCGUCACUCCGGGUCAACUUUCCGAGUCGAUUCCCAAUUUGAAGAAACCGGUGAAACCGUUGGUCGUCGCUCAGCCGCAGUGCGAACAGAAGAAGCCAUUGCUGUCGCCCGUACGACCGAGGCUGUUGGUGAAGGAGGCGAGUGUUGAAGUAAAGAGUCCCGUUGUGGUCGCAAAGGAUGAUAGUUUUGAGGAGAUGUACGUGGACGCGUCGACAGAUGCACAGGAACAACAUUCGAAGGGGAAACUAGAGUUCAUGGCAUCCCUCGGUCUAAUCACUCCAAGAAAAUUUUCAGAGAUCCGGGACAAGAGAGCACAACGAAAACGAAGAGCCCGGACCAUCUCAUCAACAUUAGCAUCGGCAUCUCUACGGGCAAAGAGAAUGAGGCCAGUCACACAGGCAGGGGGCUUGCGAAGAGGCCACUUGAGAUCAAACAGACUCGUACUGUCCGGGUCACAGAGCUUGGAUGAUGGCCAUGGGGAUGUUUGUGCGGUUUGCCGCAUCGGUGGGAAACUUCUUAUGUGUGAUACUUGUAGUCUAGUCUAUCACCUUGACUGUCUCAAUCCACCACUUACGGCUGUUCCUCCAGGGACGUGGAUAUGCCCACAGUGCCUGAAACAACUUUCCAACAGCGACAACUUGAAAUGGUCUGGUACUCUCUCAGUCGUUCAGUCAUACUUCACUCACAGAUCGGAGUGUGAAACCGAGCGUAAGUCAUUACUGGAUAAAAUCGAGUCUCUCAAGUCAGAGAGAAUACAGCUGGAAGAGAGAGCCAAAGAGAUGAGCACUACGAUUAUAGAACAGAUGCAAAUGAAGAGCAAACUCAGUUCCCAGAGUGAUCGGCUGCAAACGGCUUUACACCAAAUUCACGAGUCCCUCAAUGGUAUAAAGACCUUCGCCCAGACUUCAACAGAUCCACAAUGCUCACAAGCCACGUCCCACUAAAACACAAACUCGAUAGUUUUGAUAACCUGGAAGGUGUUGUUGAGUGCACGAGAACUCGUCGACGUUUUUGCUCCUGCACACUGCACGAUGCAGGAUGUUGUUACUAUGCUGGAUGAUUUCCAUCCAUUUGUGUUGCAUUUCUUCUGUUGUAUAGAUUUGAUAUGGAUGAUUAUAACAAGUGAGUAAUUUUGCAAUGGGA